AAACUAGUUGUUCGCAUCCGUUGUCUUGAGUCUGCUGGUGAAAAUCGUUGGCGUCGGGUAUCCGCAUCCACAAGCCUUGUUACUAUAAUCAUCCAUUGCUGUAGCAUUUGCAAAAUAGCAAACCGAUAUCUUUUUUAUCUCCGAUAGAGGGACUUGGCACCUGUCGAGCGUACGCGCAGGUAGUAAAAGUGCUAAGGUGCUAAACAAGUGUUUUGAAAAAGAUUGCUGCGCAUCUGCCUGGAUCAAAGCCAUGGCGGCCACCAGUGUUGUGGUUCUCGAUAGAGGAAAUAAUACCACUUGCACUAUCAAUUUGCACGGUGCGACCGUCGUCUCUUGGCGGGUCAACAAUCAGGAGCAGCUUUUUGUGAGCAAACAAGCCCAGUUCGAUGGGAAGAAGGCGAUCAGAGGAGGAAUUCCAUUCGUUUUUCCUCAAUUCGGGCCAUGGCCGUAUGGACCUCAGCAUGGUUUCGCCAGGAUUGUCCGCUGGAACAUCGAAAAGGCGCCGGAGCGUCUGCCCAGCGGCGACGUCGAGGCGAUCUUCUCGCUUAUGGAUUCGGACUUCACCAGAUCCAUGUGGAGCUAUGAUUUUCGUUUGACUUACAGACUGAUCCUUCGUGAGAAGGAGUUGCAUUUUAACAUUGCCAUCUAUAAUCCUAGCAAGGAUUUGACGUUUAGCUUUAAUAUGCUGUUGCACACAUAUUUUAAAGUGCCGGACGUGAGGAGGUGCCAGAUCACAGGACUACACGGUUGCACCUUCGUUGAUAAGACUAGAGACGGUGCUAUCUACCAUGAGGCUAGAGACGUCGUGACUAUUGGGGAGUGGACUGAUAGGAUUUAUCAGAAUACCCCGCACGAGCACAUCAUAACUAAUGUGGUAUCCGGGAGGAAGAUGAGGAUCCAGAAGUACAAUUUCCCGGACACCGUCGUCUGGAAUCCGUGGAUGGACCACGCCAAAGACAUGUCCGAUUUCGGAGACGACGAGUAUCCGAACAUGGUCUGCGUAGAAGCUGGACACGUUUCCAGUCCGGUGAUCCUCUUGCCCGGCACCGCCUUCGAGGCUAGCCAGAUCCUACAAGUGAUGUGAACGAAGAAGACGCCAUCUGCACUUCGCAAUCAUUCCGACCGAUUCCGCGCCGCCUGUUCCGCCGUUCCAUAUUAAUUUAUUAUAUUUUAAAUUACCUAUUUGAUUGAAUAUUUUUUUGUUUGUUAUUCGUUUUUGUUUUAUUUCUCAUUAUUUUAGCUCUGAGCGGAUUGCGGCAGCGGACACUGUCGGCUGUGAUGCCCAACUUAUUCGAAGCAAUAGUUAUUUUUAAUCUUCGUGACAUGGACGGCCCGAAACAAUGUAUUACUUGAAAAGGAACGUUCCGGGCCUCUAUAGCCUUACAUGGUAUACGACUGGAGUAGUUUGUAGUUUCUGUCCGUAUUAUUAUUAUUACUGUGCAAUAGUAUAAGACUUUUUGAUAGUUAAGUUAUUAUUAUCUCUGUUAGAUAAAAAAAAAACACUAAGAAGAUAAAAGAUGUAACUGAGAAUAACCGCAGAAGGCUUUUAUCUAUAAAUAAAAGUUUUAAAUAAAAUUAAAACAAUACAAAAGCCGCUUCAAUCAUCCAUAUCUCCAAUAUCCGAAUCGCAAUAUCCACAUGAGUAAGAAGACCGUAGUCUUCCCGGCCUGCUGCAGAUCGGAAAUGCUGUUGCAUAAGCCCGGGCUACGGCAUCUCAAAUAUUUUUAUUACCUCCGUCCGCACCGUUUUGUGCA